AUGCAGGGAAGCUCGUUCCUGCGUUGGUUAUGGUUACAACCUCUGAGGACCCGUGUGCGUGGUGGAAGAAGUGGAUCAUUGGAAGGAACAGUUGAGGUUUACUACCAAGGAGCAUACGGUACAGUGUGCGGCGAUGACUGGGAUUUAGAUGACGCCCACGUCGUUUGUCAUACAUUGGGAUAUCCACGUGCUUCUGCUUAUUACACCAACGCAACCUUUCGCGAAGGCACAGGGGAAAUUAUCCUGGAUAAUGUGCAAUGCACGGGAUCUGAGUCAAACAUCGCCUUCUGUCAACACAACGGUUACCUAUCUCACAACUGUGAGCAUCGUCAAGAUGCAGGAGUCACGUGUGAAGGCAUUGUUAACGCCUAUUUGAGAGACGGGAGCAGCAGCAGAGAAGGUCGGGUCGAGGUCUACUAUCAAGGAUCAUAUGGUAAUACCGUCUGCGACGAUGGCUUUGGUAUGACUGAUGCGAAUGUAGUUUGUAGAAUGCUAGGUUAUACCUUCGCAGAGUCCUUUUCAUGCUGUGCGGCAUUCGGCGAAGGAACUGGGGACAUUCUUCUGAAUAAUCUCCAAUGUACGGGAGACGAAGUGACGAUUGGACAUUGUAUGCAGAAUCCAUUUGGAAUGCACACAUGUGGACACAGUGAAGACGUAGGAGUAACGUGCAUUAAACUUCCCGUGCGUCUUGUUGACGGAGCUUCAGCCAAUGAAGGGCGAGUCGAGGUGAACUACCAAGGAUCAUGGGGUACAAUCUGUAAUGACUCUUGGGAUAUCAAAGACGCUACCGUCGUUUGUCGAAUGCUAGGUUACCCUGGAGUCUCUUCUGCUUUGGUGGGCUUCGGAGAAGCCACUGGUGAUAUCAUCCUCGACAACGUUGAAUGUGACGGGUCAGAAACGCACAUCGCACAAUGCACACAUGGCGCCUAUCAGAUCCAUAACUGCGAGCAUUCUGAAGACGUUGGUGUUAUAUGUAGCGGAGAAGCUGAACUCAAGGUUCGCCUCGUAGGCGGUCCGGAUGAGAGCCAAGGUCGUGUUGAGUUGUUCUACUUCGGAUCAUGGGGUACUGUCUGCCAUCACACCUGGACCUCAUUGGACUCGGAAGUGGUUUGCAGAAUGUUAGGAUUCGUCGGGGCUAUCGCAUAUUCAUUCUCCUCAUUAUACGGACGUGGGACAGGGGAAGUGAUACUACGUCAGCCGAGAUGCUCUGGAAAAGAAUCGAGUCUUCUUGAGUGUGAUCCAAGUUUUAAUCUGGGCAACACUGGGUGUGGACAUACAUCCGAUCUCGGAGUUUCAUGCUUAAAAAUGGAUGAUUUCCGGGUGCGUUUGGUCGGCGGAAGAUCUGACAAAGAAGGCCGUGUUGAGAUUCUAUACCUUGGUACUUGGGGGACAGUGUGUGAUGACAACUGGGACCUAAAUGAUGCCAACGUGGUUUGCAGAAUGCUCGGCUACGAACGGGCGGAUAACUUCUCCUGUUGCGCUGCCUUUGGACUAGGAUCUGGACCUAUUGUUCUGGAUGAAGUGGAAUGCGAGGGUACAGAACCAAACAUAGGCCAUUGUCGAAGGAGUGAUUACGAAACCCAUGACUGUGAUCACUCGGAGGAUGUUGGUGUCUCAUGCAUCGAACAUGAAGUGGAACAGGAAUCCUCUACAACCAUGGCACCGAAUGGCAGUGAAAUGGGUCUAUCCCAGCCUGUCACAUUUGGUUUAAUUGGAUUCCUCUCCGUUGCAGUUAUUGGUAUCCUUUUGGGUUGUAUCGUCAUGACAUUAAUGGUGCGGAAGUACAGGAGAUCAGCGAAUCAGGCUAGUAGUCAGCAGCAAGGGACAGCGAAACAAAACUGUUACAACGGACCACAACAUGGUGAGGAAGGUUGCUUGGAACUUAACGUUGUCCCUCCCAAGCUACCAGAGAGAUCUUCACGAGAUCAGGGUGAAACAUACGAAACGCCACGACAUGCUGACAAUGGAGAUGUUUAUGAAGAUAUUAAGACCUAAGAAGAAGAAGAAUACAAAAUCUAGUAGUACUUCUCUAGCUCUCCCCUUUCCAUUUCUCUACUCUUAUCACUCUUCCUACCUCUCUAACCGUCUGCCUUUUAUGUUUUACCUCCUUUUUCUCUCUCUUUUAGUUAUCUUUCUCUGUUCUGAAAAUAUAUAUACAUUUUGAAGAACAACGUAAUUCUUUGACCAUGUUAAUCGUUCUUUAUAUUUUCCAUUUGCUUUGUAAUUCACUUUUAUGUUUAAUUAUUUGAACCUGCAAGAUUUAACUUCAGUUCAAUGCAUCAUAUCUCUGAUUUGAAGCAUUUCUUAAUGUUCAAUUUGAAUAUAUUAAAUCAAUAUUUACUAUGUUUUUAUUUACUUUGUAUGAAAUUCUGCAUUUCUGCAAUUUUCUUAAAGAAUAAUUUAAUAUGGAGCAUACGUGUGAUUAUUACGCAAGAUUAUUUUAAUUGAAUCUAAAUGAUGGUGUGCUUUGUUUUUACUACCACGUUUGCUUAUGCGUUCUCUAAUAUAUAACAAAAUUUAUAUCUAGAUUUAUGUAUUAAAGGUUUUGCAUAAAAGCUCAGUAUAAACGCGUUUAAUAGGACAUAUAUUCAGGAUUUUCUCUAGAAACGUCCUUUCGUUUAAGAUUGUGAGAGAUUAUUUUAAAAAGGUAGUACUUCAUACUUCGUUUCCCAGUUACUGUAGAUACGUCUUGUCGUUAAAGAUUGUGAACGAUAAACAAAAAUAAAUAUAGGUAGUAUACUCUAUGAUGAAACUUGUAAAUACAGCAGCUCUACAUGUACAAAUGCUUUUUGAAAUGGUGAGAAAAGAUGGAACUUUGGUUAGAUGUACACAAUCAAUCACAUAGCAUAACCGUCAUAGGUAAGGUAUACUUUGUAUUACUUCUAUUUACCUCAUACUGUAACCAUUAGAAACAUAUUGAUUUUUUGUUUAAAAGUAAUCAUAAAGAUUUUUGAUAUGUAUAAUCAUGAUUCAAUGUAAUGUGAUAAUAUUUCACUGGUAUACAUUACAUUUAAAAGCUAAUGCACUGAGUUU